AUGUCAAAUAGAGUAGAUAACCCAAAAGUGUAUAAUCCUUAUUCAUAUCAUCGACCACAUUUUAUAAGAUGGAGAGGUUCAGUUAUUCCUAAAGUUCUUCCAUCAACUAUUGUGGUCACUUUACUCGCAGUCAUUGUUUGUAUUGUAAAUUUAGAAACUAAAGUAAAAAUAGGUAUUCCAUCAACCUUUAUUCCUGUGCUUGGUUUUGUCGUUGGUUUAUUAUUAACUUAUAGAACAAACACUGCUUAUGAUAGAUAUUGGGAAGGAAGACGUCUUUGGGCGGUAAUGGUUGUAGCUAUACGUAAUUUAACUAGAAAUAUUUGGAUAAAUAUAAAAGAAGAUGACGGAAAAAGCGAUUUGUUAGAAAAGAAGACAGCCAUUAAUUUAUUAAUAGGAUUUGCGGUAGCGACAAAACACUAUCUUCGUGAAGAAGAUGGACUUCUUCAUGAUGAUCUUAAACCUUUAAUUUCAAAUAUUAAAUCGAAUUUACCAGGGUUUAAACCUUUCAAUGAAAUGGAUCCAUCAUCCGAAGUUAAUCAUAAUCUUCCAUUAGAGAUUACUCUCUAUUUAUGUUCUUAUAUUGAUAACAAAAGACAAAACAACAAAGUUGACGUUCCAACAACAAAUUCUAUGUAUGGAGCUUUAAAUACGUUGAUUGAUUGUUUAACUCAAUUUGAAAGAAUUUUAAGAAGUCCAAUUCCUUUAGCUUAUUCUAUUCAUUUAACUCAAACUGUUUGGAUUUAUUGUCUAAGUUUACCUUUUCAAUUAGUUGAUAGUCUUAAAUAUAUAACUAUUCCUAUUGUUUUCCUUGCUUCAUUUAUCUUAAUCGGUAUUCUGCACAUUGGAGGUGAAAUUGAAAAUCCUUUCGGUUAUGACGAAAAUGAUUUGGAUUUAGAUGAUUUCUGCGGGUAA